AGUCUAUCAUGGCCCAUUGUCUCACUACUCAAGCGGAAAUACUGGUCUGGAUGCGCAAAGGGAUCAAGGACGUCAUGGCCAGGCACCGAACUGAAACGGCCCAAGCUGAUGGUCUGAUCAUCAUCAUGGUUGAAUUUCCUGGAUUAAUGGGGAUUAGGUACUGUGGUCAAGUUUUAGAGUGGAAGUCUGGCAAUGAAUGAGUAACAAGUUCCAAGGUUGGACAUGUGAGAAUCCGGGUUGAAGAACCGAGAUGGGGUAAUCGAGUGCUAU